AUGCAUCCUCGUACCCCAGUCCGGGUAGUUGAUGAAGUUCGCCGGGGGACCGGGUGUGCACAUAAUGACUUCCCUUUUACGUAUCUUGGGUGCCCGGUGUACAUAGGCCGUAAGAAAUGCAUUUACUUUGCCUCUGCGAUUGACAAAGUUAAAGCUAAAUGUUUGAGUUGGCAACGGCGGGUACCAUCAAAAGGGGGGAAGGCAGUCUUGAUAUCAUCAGUAUUACAGGCUAUUCCACUACACUUGUUUGCAGCCUGUGCGCCGCCCAAGCAAGUCGUUCGGGACUUGGAACGGUGCUUUGCAAGCUUCUUUUGGAAGCAAUCACGGGGAGCCCAGUACCAUUGGAGUUCGUGGAAAACUCUUUCUUUGCCUAAGAAGGAGGGGGGAGUUGGCUUCUUGGACUUGGACUUGGACUUGAUGGUUCGAGCAGCAAGUGCGAAGUUGUGGUUGAAAUUUCACACGGAACACACUUUGUGGUCAGACUUUAUAAGAGCCAAGUAUUGUAGACGAGUUCACCCAGUUGCUAAGGUGGCCCGGUAUUCUAAUUCGCACACUUGGAAGCGGAUGCUAGCAGUUCGAGAUGACAUAGAGAGGGUGCUGACCUGGCGCUUGUUCCAGGGCCGGGUUAAUUUCUGGUGGGACAACUGGUCAGGUUUGGGGCCACUGGGCAGGUUGUUUCCUUUCCCGAGGGCUUCUUACUCUUGGGAGAUGCUCUUAGAUUACAUACAUGAUGGUACACUUGAUUUGACUGUUCAUGAGGAACUGGUAUAUGCCGGGGUCACUGUGGACUUAUCCCGAAUGGGCCAGGGCCCGUGGGAUAUUCCGCUAUGGACUGCAGCUUCUGACGGUAUGUUUUCUUAUGCCUCGGCUAAGGCUUAUCUUAGGCCUGUUUUGCCCAUUACACCGGAUCCUCUUCUGGCUAAGUGUUGGCGUAAACACCUUCCUUUUAAGGUGUCGUUCCUGGCUUGGAGAGUGUUCCGAGGGCGGAUACCCACGGAUGAUGCUUUGUCUCGGUUCGGGCAUGUGCUCGUGUCGAGAUGUAGGUGUUGUCCAGCCCCAGCUGCUGAGACUAUUACACAUGUUUUUUAUGAUGGGGAAACAACGAAAGCUGUCUGGAACUAUAUUCUGGAAUCCCUAGGCUUGCAGUCGCGGCACCGGAGUCUUAGGACGUUGGUCGCUGGCUGGGGCCGUGGAGGGACGCGUAAUCCUUUAUUUUCUUUUGCUGUUAACAGGUUGCCUUGUUUGGUGAUGUGGGAGCUGUGGAAACACCGUAACGGGUGUAUGCAUGGGUGA